GCGCCUUGGCGCACCCGCUGGAAUCGACCUCAGAUCGACCUCGUUCGUGAACUAUGGCACCAGUAACAAGGGUACGAGCAUCUCACCACUCUCAUCGGUUGUCGCUUUGGUCGCGGCACACCCCAGCUGCCAGGCAUAUCCCAUCCCCCAAUAGGAUGUUCCCCUGUCGUUCCUCCUGUCAGUCAACGAACAGUGUCACCAACUAGAGCCACCUGCAGUCUCAGAGGCUGAGAAGUGAGACAUGCUUGGGUAGACCAAUGGUCCGGAACGGGACAUCCUUGGAAAACUGGGAAGCGUGCCGGGUCGCUACAUGCAUGCCGCUGCUCAGAUAUCAGACGACAUGCUAAUGCAGACAGCAGCCAUUUCGGACAAGCAAUCGCCAUAACGACACCGAAGACACUCUACCAGCCAAUUACUAUCACCCAACUGUCAGCCAUUGUCUCUUGACUUGACGUGUCACCUUCAUCGGCACGGCACUAGAGGAAGCCAAUCCGUCGGCCACCGUCCACUACUGUCCAUCAUGGCAAAAGACAAGCACCCCAAGAAGCAAACCCCCUCUUCCUCCCCCGCCGCCGCCACCACCACCACCAAACAGACGCCCCCUGACUGGCCGGUGUUUAGACCGCCUCUACCGGUAGUCAGCCUCGACUUUGAUUCCCCGAUCCAGGACAAAGUCGUCGUCCUCCGGUCAUUCUUCCCCAAGAACCUGUGCCGUGACUAUGUCUCGUUCCUGCGGACCCUUCCCCUGACUACAACCCCAGGCAAACCCAAGCGGGGGAUGGCCGUCAGGGUAAAUGACAGGUUCCAGGUCCAGGACCCACUCUUUGCAGAAAGAUUAUGGAGCGAAACUGGGCUGAAGGAGGCCGUUCUGGACAAUCCGGAUCUGGCUCAUUUGUGGGGAGGGGAAGUCGUAGGGUUGAAUCCGAAUAUCAGAGUGUACCGAUACACGCCUGGACAGUUUUUUGAUGCGCAUUAUGACGACUCAAACAACCUAACCCUUUCUACCCCUGAGAACCCCUCUCUACCAGUCAAAACCACCUGGACACUUCUCCUCUACCUCACCUCCUCCACCGACGGUUGCGUAGGAGGCGAAACAGUGUUCUACCCAAACGAUCGACAAACCAAGAAAGAAGCCAUCCCCAUCAGCCCUGAGACGGGCAUGUUGCUGUUACAUAAACACGGCGACCAUUGCAUGCUCCACGAAGGAAAAGAAGUCACGGCAGGGGAAAAGUGGAUUCUAAGGAGUGAUUUGUGUGUGAGGCGAUAGUCUUUCCACUUGGUUUUUUGCCUUGUCUUCAAACACGA